UAAUUAUUCGAGUGCAGUAUAUUUUACAAAGAUAUGUUUUACAUGGUUUUAUAUCUUCCGCAAAAGUAACGAUUCGCAAUGUUCCGUUUUAUUCGUUUACCUGUGAUUAUUUUUCAUCUGUAAUACUUCAUGGAGACCUGACUUGACUGCCAGUGAAAAGGUGUGGUUAUAACGAAUUUGAAAAAAAUGUCAAAACCGUUAAAAGUGAUCAAACCGUUUUGACGAUUGGCUGGAACAACUAGAAGAACAACCUCAUACUUUCUCCUGAAAACAACGCGAUCUCAACUUUCGAAAUUCCACAUUAAUAAGAAGAUAUGACGACAAAGCUAGCCAAAGCUCAACAUGCUCAAUAUUUUCAAAGGUUCAUUCAUCUCUUACCCAAUCAACUGGCAAUCCACGAUUCCAUAAGGUUAACCAUUGCCUUCUUCGCUUUAUCUGGUCUGGAUGUCUUGAACUCCCUCGACGUUCUUAAUGAAAAGAAACGAACGGAGGCUAUCGAAUGGAUCUACCAACUCCAGGUAUCUGGAGCUGGACCUCGAUCUGGUUUUCAGGGAUCCACAUCGAUAUCAAAUGAUGCCAGCAGGUAUCAAACCGGUCAUUUGACGAUGACUUACCUCGGAUUGGCCUCUCUUCUCACUUUGGGAGAUGAUCUUAGUCGCGUCGAUAAGAAAUCCAUCAUCGAAGGUGUGCGGGCAUGUCAAAAUGACGACGGAUCAUUUACGGCAACAUUGACAGGCAGCGAGAGCGACAUGAGGUUCAUAUACUGCGCAUGUUGCAUUUCCUCCAUACUUGACGAUUGGUCUGGCAUCGACAAGCACAAAGCUAUAGAUUACAUCACAAAAAGCAUUUCUUACGAUGGCGGAAUUGGCCAAGGGCCCGGACUAGAAUCGCACGGCGGCAGUACAUUCUGCGCCGUAGCGAGUUUAUUUUUAAUGGACGAAUUAACGAAAACCUUGACUGAGAAACAAAUGAAUAGACUACGUUACUGGUGUCUAAUGAGGCAAGUCGGUGGUUUCCAUGGAAGACCCAAUAAACAUGAAGACACGUGUUACAGUUUCUGGGUCGGAGCCACGCUCCAAAUAUUAGGUGCCAGACAUUUCACAGACGCAACGGAAAACCGAGCUUAUGUUCUCACGACGCAGGACUCAGUGUUAGGUGGUUUGGCAAAAUUUGAUAACUCGCCACCUGAUCCUUUGCACACUUACCUGGGACUUUGUGGUUUAAGCCUUCUGGGAGAGCCUGGCUUGCAAGGAGUUAACGCAGCCCUAAAUAUCUCUCAGAGUGCCUUUGCCCAGUUAGAAGAAAUACACAAAACCUGGGCAAGUGACUGAUUCUCACGUUGUAUAGUAUUAGAGAAUAAUUACAUUGGGUAAACUUUAGAUUUCAUAUCAAGCGCACACGCCAAAGCACAUUUGAAGCGCUAACACCGCAUAUACAUAUAAUUUGAUACGAAUGGCAAGUAAUUUUUAACUGGAGAAAAGAAAAGGUCACACGCAGUGAUCAAAGUUGACAUAGUUACAAAAGACUUUGUUACAGUGAUAUUAUAUAUAUAUAUAUUUGAUGGUGAGUUUCAUUGAUCACUUUCAAGUUUCGUGAAACUCAAUGCCGACAAUGCCAUUCCGUUAUAACUUUGAUAUACAUAAAACGAAUGUAACGCGUAACUAUGAUGUGUAUUAUUUAGGUGUAAAAGAGGAAUCCUGUAUACUUGUCAAUUAAUAUUGUCACUGUUAUCUCAUUAAAUUGAAAGUCUGGUUAUAA